AAGAUUUUUUCUGUUUGCAGUUCUACACCUUUUGCGCUAGCUGUCAAAAUAUUUAGCGGAGACGAAACGCGACAAACACAGUUUAGUAAAAUAUCGCGUCUAAUAUUGCGCUUGCAAAACAUAAUAAUCAGCAAGAGUAAUAUACAAAGUGUCUCCUGUUUACUUAGGUGUAUUGUUCAAAUGAUAAGUGCAACAUAAUGGGGUGUUUAUCGUGGAUCCGAGGGUUCAAAAUGCCUUUUCCUUUUAAAGAUAAGGAAUUGAACAAAAUAGCAGCACUGUUCAAUGUGUCCACAUUUCUCCUGACUUGUGCUGCUCUGGUUCAGCCCAGUUGGUUCAGGAUCAAAGGCCUGCACUGUACACAGAGCCUGUCUUUAGCACAAUUCUUCUCAUUUGAUAAUGAUGAUGAUGACGAUAGUCGCCAGAGUAUUGAGUAUGAUCCUAGAUCUGAUUAUAAUGGUUUACCUCCAUGCACAACACCAGAGACUAUAACACUUAUGAGAGUUCUAAUAUUACUAUGCUUUAUGGUGCUACUGUGCUCAUGUAUUGGUACCCUGAUCAACCUCACAAGCCUCAACAGUAGAGCCAUCAAGAUGUUGAGAAGGAAUGCCAUUCCAAGCAUAAUGUGUGUAUUUUGGGUCAUAGCUAUUGUCGGAGUAUGUUACUACACAACUGUUGUGCUUGGAAAUGCAAACAACAGUGAUCCAAAUACAAUACAAGUGGAUUAUGAGUAUGGAUUCUAUACUAUUACAGGAGCUGGUGCACUGGCCUUGUUAGCAUCUGCUGCCAACCUUUGGGGUGCUCCUUUAUCCAGUGACGAAGAUGUUCAAAGGCGAAAUUUAAUGGAAGACUGGGAUGGAUAUGAGGCACACAGUGUAGGCCCCACGCCUGCCGUGCCCACUCUGCCGCCGUACACGCCGAGUGCCGACUAUGUGCCCACCAUACACCCACCGUACGCACCACCAGUACUUGGAACACAACAAUAUUUCCCAUUUGAUGACCUGUCUGUUCUUCCACCGCCUCCCCCUUAUUCUCCUUGAUUUCCCUAAACUUAUCCAGUUCCCUUCUCGAAUCACCCAAAUAUUGAUGUAUUUUUAGUUUGUAAUCUACAGUAUUUAUUAUUUUAAUUAUAUCGGCAUAAUAAGUCCAAUGCUGAAGGUAAGUUAAGGCUUGUGAGAUGUUUGGAGCCUCUAUGGAGCUACUGAAGAAGUUUUUGCUAAAUAAAAUUGAGAUCUACAAAUUGCUGAAUGUCAAACAUAUUGAUGUUUAGUUAUAAUACGCACAUGACGUAAUGCUACUAAUAUU